AUGCCUUCCACCAUUGCUCUGCUUGCUGUCGGGAUUUGUGGCGUGGCAGCUGCCAAACUUCCCUCCACGGCUCAGGUCAUUGAUCAGAAGUCUUUCAACGUUUUGAAGGAUGUCCCACCGCCUGCUGUGGCCAAUGACUCACUGGUCUUUACAUGGCCUGGAGUGACGGAGGAAUCUCUUGUCAAGAAACCCUUCCAUGUCUACGACGACGAGUUCCUCGACGUCAUCGGAAAGGAUCCCUCUCUGACACUUAUUGCCACGUCGAAGAGUGACCCCAUCUUUCACGAGGCCGUAGUCUGGUACCCACCUACUGAGGAGGUCUUUUUCGUACAGAAUGCAGGAGCUCCCGCGGCUGGCACUGGUCUCAACAAGUCUUCCAUCAUCCAGAAGAUUUCUCUCAAAGAGGCAGAGGCUCUACGCAAGGGAACUCUGGGCAAGGAUGAAGUGAAGGUGACGGUUGUCGACACAGCCAACCCUCAAGUCGUCAACCCCAAUGGUGGAAUUUACUACAAGGGCGAAAUCAUCUUCGCUGGUGAAGGCCAAGGUGAUGAAGUCCCCUCGGCCCUCUACCGAAUGAACCCUCUCCCUCCCUACAACACUAGUGUCCUCCUCAACAACUACUUUGGUCGCCAGUUCAACUCCUUGAACGACGUUGGCAUCAACCCCAGGAACGGUGAUUUGUACUUCACCGACACUCUCUACGGCUAUCUUCAAGACUUCCGUCCUGUCCCUGGCCUGCGAAACCAAGUGUACCGAUACAACUUCAACACCGGUGCUGUAACUGUUGUCGCUGACGACUUUACUCUUCCCAACGGUAUUGGCUUUGCUCCUGAUGGUAAGCGUGUCUAUGUCACCGACACUGGCAUCGCUCUUGGCUUCUACGGCCGCAACCUUUCUUCUCCCGCUUCUGUUUACUCUUUCGAUGUGAACGGUGAUGGUACCCUUGAGAACCGCAAGACAUUUGCCUACGUAGCUUCAUUCAUCCCCGAUGGUGUCCAUACUGAUUCCAAGGGUCGCGUCUAUGCUGGCUGUGGUGACGGUGUCCACGUCUGGAACCCCUCUGGCAAGCUCAUUGGCAAGAUCUAUACUGGAACUACUGCUGCCAACUUCCAGUUUGCUGGAAAGGGAAGAUUGGUUAUCACCGGCCAGACUAAGUUGUUUUAUGUUACUCUGGCCGCUUCAGGACCUAAGCUUUACGACUAG